UGGUGCCUGGAGCCCAGCCUAGGCCUGAACGGACCCUUCCACUCUUAAGAGGCCAUGUGGGUAGGACAUGAGAAGGAAGGGGUAGCGCGACAAGCAAAGUGCUCGGCGCGCGCAAAGUGCUCGGCGCGCGCAGUGCGGCGCGCGCAAGGUGCUCACGGGGCUCCCGGGCCCGGCCAAGCCGGGCUGAGGCGACGCGGGCGCCGGGCGGGCCGGGCCGCCGGGCCGCCGCGCGGCGUCCCCGUCCCUGCGCUGGCCCGGCCCGGCCCCUCAGCUCCACCCCCUGCCUCCCCCUCCCGCCUGCUCGCGCCUCCUGAAAAGCCAGCCCGCCCGGGGCGGCGGCGCAGAGCCGGCCCGGCGCACGAGGCAGCCAGCGCGGCCAUGACGGCGGAGAAGGCGCUGCCUCUGGGCAACGGGAAGGCUGCCGAGGAGGCGCGGGAGUCCGAGGUGCUGGGUAGCGGCAGCGGCAGCGGGGGCGCGGCGUCCGCCCGCGACCCGCGCGACAAGCGCGACAAGGCAGUCCACGAGCGCGGCCACUGGAAUAACAAGGUGGAGUUCGUGCUGAGCGUGGCAGGGGAAAUCAUCGGGCUGGGCAACGUGUGGCGCUUCCCUUACCUGUGCUACAAGAACGGCGGAGGGGCAUUCCUGAUUCCCUAUGUGGUGUUUUUUAUAUGCUGUGGGAUUCCUGUUUUUUUCCUGGAAACAGCUCUGGGACAAUUUACGAGUGAAGGUGGCAUUACGUGUUGGAGGAAAGUGUGCCCUUUAUUUGAAGGCAUUGGCUAUGCAACGCAGGUGAUUGAGGCCCAUCUAAACGUGUACUACAUCAUCAUCCUGGCGUGGGCCAUUUUCUACCUGAGCAACUGCUUCACCACCGAGCUCCCCUGGGCCACCUGUGGGCACAAAUGGAACACAGAGAACUGCGUGGAGUUCCAGAAACUGAACGCAACCAACCACAGCCAUGUGUCCCUACAGAAUGCCACCUCUCCCGUCAUGGAGUUUUGGGAGCGCCGGGUCCUGGCCAUCUCAGAUGGGAUCGAGCACAUCGGGAACCUUCGCUGGGAGCUGGCCUUGUGUCUGCUGGCAGCCUGGACCAUCUGUUACUUCUGCAUCUGGAAGGGGACCAAGUCCACAGGAAAAGUGGUGUAUGUCACCGCGACGUUCCCCUACAUCAUGCUGCUGAUCCUUCUGAUCCGGGGGGUCACGUUGCCCGGGGCCUCCGAAGGCAUCAAGUUCUACCUAUACCCCGACCUCUCCCGGCUCUCCGACCCACAGGUCUGGGUAGAUGCUGGGACGCAGAUCUUUUUCUCCUAUGCCAUCUGCCUGGGUUGUCUGACUGCUCUGGGAAGUUAUAACACUUAUAACAACAACUGCUACAGGGACUGCAUCAUGCUCUGUUGCCUGAACAGCGGCACCAGCUUCAUAGCCGGGUUUGCCAUCUUCUCAGUCCUGGGAUUCAUGGCAUAUGAGCAAGGGGUGCCCAUCGCCGAGGUAGCAGAGUCAGGCCCCGGCCUGGCCUUUAUCGCUUACCCCAAGGCCGUCACCAUGAUUCCCCUCUCCCCACUGUGGGCCACCUUGUUCUUCAUGAUGCUCAUCUUCCUGGGCCUGGACAGCCAGUUUGUGUGUGUGGAAAGCCUGGUGACCGCUGUGGUGGACAUGUACCCCAAAGUCUUCCGGAGGGGCUAUCGGCGGGAGCUGCUCAUCCUGGCCCUGUCGGUCACCUCCUAUUUUCUGGGCCUCGUGAUGUUAACGGAGGGUGGCAUGUACAUCUUCCAGCUCUUUGACUCCUACGCCGCCAGUGGGAUGUGCCUUCUCUUUGUGGCCAUCUUUGAAUGCAUCUGCAUCGGCUGGGUGUACGGAAGCAACCGCUUCUAUGAUAACAUCGAAGACAUGAUUGGCUACCGGCCGUUGUCACUCAUCCAAUGGUGCUGGAAAGUCGUGACCCCCGGGAUCUGUGCGGGCAUCUUCAUCUUCUUCCUGGUCAAGUACAAGCCCCUCAAGUACAACAACAUCUACACCUACCCCGCCUGGGGCUAUGGCAUUGGCUGGCUCAUGGCCCUGUCCUCCAUGCUCUGCAUCCCGCUCUGGGUCUUCAUCAAGGUGUGGAAGACGGAAGGGACACUGCCGGAGAAAUUCCGGAAGUUGACGACCCCCAGCGCCGAUCUGAGCACGCGGGGCAAGCUUGGGGCAGGCCCACGGACGGUGAUGGUUAAUGACUGUGACGCCAAACUCAAGGGUGAUGGGACCAUUGCAGCUAUCACAGAGAAGGAGACGCACUUCUGAGCGCCCCUGCCACCCUGAUGCCUCUUCCGCUCCUCGCCCGCCCCGUCUCCGCCAUCCCCGCCGUCCCCGCCCUGUGUACAAAUGAAUACCUGAACCACGUACUUCACCUAAUGGUAGAGGCUUGCUCGUUUUGCACAAGAUUAAUUAACAAGUUAAUUUUAAGGUGGCCGCACCCACUCUGGUUUCAAGUCACAUCCCCUCCUCGCCCCCCAGUUGCCAUGUGAGUAACAAUAUGAAGAGAUAAUCCUGUACAGGGACUAGUAUCAUCCUCUUGUGCUAGGUCACUUUUAACCAGCAUUUUCUAGGGGUUAGGAAGUUGUAUCAUAGGGUCAGACUUUUAUACUCGGGCUGUGGGGCAGGUGGGCGGGAGCGAUGCCUGUCCCCCUCCGUCAGCCUUUGAACCCACCGGUUCGUGUCCCACCUUGGUCCCUGACCGUGCAGCUGCCCUUCCUCCGCGCUGCCAUGCUUCCCCUUCAGCCCCUCCCUUUCCCAUCCCCAGCUUCCUAGAGGUGGGUCUGCAGACAGCAAGGCUGUGUCAGAGAAGAAGUCCCGGCAGACUCAGGACUCCUGGGUGGCAGGCCCUCCUCUUCCCUGGUCCCACCGGGUGAUCUGGGGCACUUCCCUCCCCUCUCGCGUGUCCCCAGUGGGGCGGGCUGGAUCAGGUGACCUCUGAGGUUCUGCCCACCCGGCUUCAUCUCUUGGGGGUGCUCUGCGUGCCUCCUUGGCUUGCAGACCCGCUGUUGAUCUCGGGUUCUUCUGAAGACUUGCAGGUGGGCAGUCCCUCGCCCCUCACCCCCUUAUUUAAAGUCAAGUUUAUCACGGAAACUUUGUGGUUUGAUCUCAUCCAUGAGCAUUCCCAUCCUCGAGACCAGCCAGGUCCUCGGCCCUGUGGCAGGGCUCCUCCUGGCCGUCUGCUCACACCCUCCGCUCUGCCUCUCUGUCCUCAGAAGGGCUGGCUGGAGUUGCCUGUGCGCUGGUUCUCGGGCCCUGGCAGCAGCCUCUAUUCUGCUUGCGGCUGUCUGUCCUGCCACUGCCCCCACCGGGAUCUGCAUUGUAGGACCUUCCAGCAGCCUCCAGGGAGGGAGCUGUGGUCGGGCCUGGAGCCUGGUUUCCUCCUCCAGCCCCUUCUUUGUCCCCCUGCCUCGUUUGGUCCCUCUCGCUGUCGUCCCUGCCCUCCUCCCUCUCCUGCCAUCUUGUGACCUCCAGUCCCUCCCCAUCCCUUCCUGUCACCAGCAGAACCCUGGAAUUUUCACAAGGCUUCUUCCCUACCUUUUUCCCAGGAGCCAAAGCACCUGCCUCCCUGGCCAGGGAGCUGAGAAGCCUCAGCCUCACUGAUGGGGAGAUGGGGGCUCCCACCCGUCCCUCGGUACAGCCCUAGGGUGUGGGGAGGUGGCUGGUGCCGCGCCAGGCCUCCCUGGCUGACCCCUCUCUUCUUUAAUUGGAUUUGACGGCAAGCCUCUGCCUUGGAUCCGGAGUUAUUUGGGGACAGGGAAGGUGCAUUCUUUAUCCUUUUCCUUUAUGUUCCCUAUCUUAUUCGGUGGAAAUGCGAGUUUCCUCCAAACAGAGGAUUUAGUUUCCUGUAAUAAACCUGCGUGUUUGCUUGGCCCAAAUGCCCAGCUUCUCUGCCCCGGCCAGCCCCCGUCUGAAGCCCGCGUUUGCUAAGAGGGAUGCCAAGCGCCCCCCAGGCAAGUCGGGAUGAGCUGUCUGCUCCGGUGGAGCCAGGAAAUGGAUGCAGGAAGACCGGGGCUCUGGCUGAGCCCCCGCCUGUGUCCAUCGUCGUCUGCUUUUCUCCCAACAGGUUGGGGAGGGGGUCUCCCCACUGCUGCUGCUACCGGUUCUCCACCAACCACUGUCACCAGUGCACAGCCCCACGGCCUAGCUGGGGACAAGCCGCAUUGUACUUGUGGCACUUAACACUUCACUUACUUCACGGGACUCAUGGUGCAGGGCGGAGGGAGGGUUUUUGUUCUUUGCUUUUUGUAAUUUCCUACUAGUAUUUGGGUAACUUUGGGGGGCGGGGAGGGAAAUGCGGGGGCAGGCGAAACGUCAUUGCAGUGACUUUUUUGAUAUUCAUUAGAAACAAUACAUCCUUUCUGAAAUAUUUACAGUAUUAUUAAAAAAUGAACAAGGUUGUACUGUUUUGCAUAAUGAACGUUUUUAUUGGGUAUUCAAAGGGUACACGAUUGUCAGCUUACUCAUUUUUAAAAAUUAAAGAAGUGAACAAA